UUUUCUAUUUGCGGUGAAAUAAACAGCUUCAAACUGCGUUCCGACGAAGCUGUGCCGGGUUUUAGCUCGGCUUCACCCUGGCCCACACUCGAUUUAGAAUGGGGUCGCAAACUAUAUCCCACCGCAGCUCCUCGCACGGCUGGCGGCCUAAUGUUUGGUCUGCCACCUACAGCGGCGGAUAUGAAUCAACCGCGCGGACCCAUGACCUCGUUAAAAGAAGAGCCGUUGGGUGCCAGAGCCUGGAUGCAACCUGUCGUCGAUCAAAGCAACUUGGGCAUUGGUAGAGCUCACUUUGAGAAGCAACCACCCAGCAACUUGAGAAAAUCAAAUUUUUUCCAUUUUGUUAUUGCUCUCUAUGAUCGUGCUGGCCAACCCAUUGAAAUCGAAAGGACUGCUUUUAUAGGAUUUAUUGAAAAAGAUUCUGAAUCAGAUUCUACAAAAACCAAUAAUGGAAUACAAUAUCGACUACAAUUACUCUAUGCAAAUGGUGCCCGCCAAGAACAGGAUAUUUUCGUCAGACUAAUAGACUCCGUAACAAAACAA